AUGGCAGCAGCAGGGCAAGCACUCCGAAUCUGCGUUCGCAGCUGUCGCCGGAUAUCAACGACACCGCGCAUCGCCGCCACGCGCCCGUUCGCCCAGACGCAACGACGAACAUUCGCUGCGAGCAUCACGAGGCGGACGCCGCCGAACAACGAGGAGGGCAACGAUGACGACGGUCGCGCCAAUUUUGGCCCGCAGGAAGGGCUCGAGGAGAUGAUUCAGCGCCUCAAGCCCGAGGAGACCAAGGCGCUCGACAGCCUCAGAAAGCUCGACCCGUCGGCCCAGCAGAUGUCGCUCGAGGCGUACCUCGAGAGGGAGAUGGGGAAGGACGAGGCGAACCACGAGAAGCUGAUCGACACGCUUGAGUGGAAGAAGCUGGUGAACGACGGGAGACCGCUCAAGACAUCGUUCUGGUACGACGAGGACGACCCAACGGGACCGACGGAGGACCUUAUGGACGAGUUCGACGAGGAUGACAUGAUGCCCAUGGCGCACGCAAAGCUGGAUGAGAUUCGCGAGCACAGACAGUACCACCGCAUCAUGGCGUGGGAGAUGCCGUUGCUGUCCAAGCUGGCCAAGCCCUUUGAGCCGCCUCAGGAUGACCAGGUGCUCCGCUUCCGGUACACGACGUACAUGGGCGAGUACCACCCGGCCCAGAGGAAGGUGGUGGUGCAGUUCUCGCCGGCCGACCUCAAGCUCUCGCCGGUGCAGGCGGACAAGCUCCGGAAGCUGGCCGGACCGCGGUACAACCCGGAGACGGACACGGUCAAGAUGAGCUCCGACAAGUACGAGCACCAGGCGCAGAACAAGCGCUAUCUGUCGGAUUUGGUGGACACGCUGAUCGAGGCGGCCAAGGAUCCCAAAGACACGUUCAAGGACAUCCCGCUCGACACGCGGCACUACGAGUUCAAGAACAAGCCCAAAUUCCCCAAGGAGUGGCGCAUGACGGAGGAGCGCCGCAAAGAGCUCGACGAGUUUCGGCAGCGGGCGCUCGAGAUCGACGCGGGCAGGACGGAGGACGGGCGCCUGGUCGACGGCGCGCAGAAGAUUGAGGAGGCUCUUGCGGCGCCUGACCAGACGAACGACAAGGUGGCUCAGCUGGUGGGCGCGCGGGGCCGAGGUGCGGGCAAGCAGAAGGCCGCCCGCCGGUAA